CGAUCAAUUUGUAGUGCAGAGCAGCAGAAGACGAAGAAAUUUAGAAGAACUGACGGAUGGGAAGGAGAAGGAGCUCUCCGUUUAACACACUGUCCGUAUGGAUUCGAAGGCAAUCGAUGAAGGUGAAGGCAUUCCUGGCUGUAAUGCUUAUGCUCUGCUCUUUUAUCGCUCUGAAGCUUUUCGUCAAAGAUCACAGCUACUUCUUCAUUGCUGCGGAAGCGAUCCAUGCACUGGGAAUCAUGGUUUUGAUUUAUAAGCUCACUACCCAGAAGACAUGUUCUGGUCUUUCACUGAAGACUCAAGAGCUAACUGCUAUAUUCCUAGCUGUGAGACUAUAUUGCAGCUUUAUAUUUGAGGCAGACAUUCACACUCUGCUUGAUUCUUUAACACUCGUCUCUACUCUCUGGGUCAUAUACAUGAUGCGUUUCAAAUUAAAAUCUACCUAUAUCAAGGAACUUGACAACUUGCCAUUAUAUUAUGUGGUGAUUCCUUCUGCAAUCCUGGCACUGUUUAUACAUCCAUAUGUCGACCAUUUCCGUUUGAAUAGAAUGCUUUGGGCUUUUGGUGUCUAUGCUGAAUCUGUGUCAGUGCUGCCUCAGCUUCGGUUGAUUCAGAAUGCAAAGAUGGCUGAACCAUUUACAGCCCAUUAUGUUUUUUCUUUGGGUGUUGAACGAUUCUUGGGUUGUGCUUACUGGAUCAUUCGGGUCAUUGAGACUGGUGGAACAUAUCUAUACUUGAUAGGAGCUGGGUACAUAUGGCUACUGAUGAUGCUUCUAGCAGAAAUCAUUCAGACCUUUAUCUUGGCUGAUUUCUGUUACCUCUAUAUCAAGAGUGUCAUGGAAGGCCAACUUUUGGUGAGGGUGUCUUCACCCGUAUAGAAGAUCGAUACAGUAUGCAUGGUCUAUCUUCUCAACAGCUACCAAAUACCAAUUUACAUUUACAUAAGCUGUUUUCAGUUUCAGAAAGUAUAAUUGAAGCAUUUUUUUGUUAAUUAAGUAGAAAUUUAUUUCCCUUAGUUUAAUAAGUAGUUAUGGAAUGUUGUAGACUUCAAA